CUACUCACAUUUGCAUCUGUUUGUUGAUUCCUAGGCAUUGGUGGCCUCCCACUUGUAUCAAAUGUGAAAGUGACCUCACACUUAGAGAUUGGACACCCGUGUACUUUAAGCUGCAAUGUGACAGAGUUCUACUUCAGUUGCACACCUCAGAUAAAGUGGAUCCAGAAGAGGAUUAGCACCGAUGAGAUUGUCGCCCAUGGAGAAGAAUAUUGGGAACCAGUAGAAUCCUUUUCUGGUCCCUUUAAGAAAGUUAACAGCAUCUCAUAUUUGGUGGCCCAGGCUGUCUUCGUUCCUACAAGAGCCAAUAUCCAGGAUAUGGACUUCAUCUGUAGAGUCGAACACCCGCUGCUGAGCACACCUAUCGAGCGACACACUCGACAGCUCAGCGCAAUUGGGUCUAUAUGUAAACCCAAAGUCUCCAAGCUGAAGAUUAUGUUACUUUCAAAGACCUACAUGCUGACCUGCACCAUUUCUGACUUUUACCCCAUGGACAUCAAGGUGACUUGGUGGGUUCAGGAGAAAGACACAGAAGCGAUUCUUAUUGAAAAUGGUCCAAAGUGGAAAAUAAAGGUCUUAAAUGAGACCCCUUAUCGCAAGCCUAACAACCUUUACACACUCAUCGCUCAGGCAGAGUUCACCCCCCACAUUUUCAAUCUGACAGAACACAAAAUAAUCUGCAGGGUGGAGCAUGAAUCGAUAAAUGAGUAUGUGGAAAGAACAUCCGAUAUUCUGAACGCUUCCAGUGAGUUUGCAGACUUUCAAGCACAUUAUGAAACGGUCAUUAGUUACUCUUUACCCUGAGGAGACCACCCAGGCAGCAGAGAAUUAUGACCAUGAAUGACCCAACCUACAAGGGAAGUGAAAGUGGUAUGGAAUCGAGGCUAUGGAACGAACGGACUUGUGACUUUGAGAUACAAGAAGGUGGUGGAUUUUGUUUGAAAGAGCUUACAACUUGUUGGGUCAGUGAAUGGACAAGAAUUCAUUGUGGCAUUGGCGUCCAAAAGCUGCAAGUGUGGCGAUGGAGGGCUGACUCAGCAACAUUGCACUGUGGCAAACACCUUGUAAAAAUCCUCUUUGGGAGUCAGCAAAGGAUGUCUGAAAGCUCAGUGAUGUGGAUCAGGUGACGCCACAAGGGCAAUCACAUACUGGUUCAGUGGCAGACCGCCGUGCAAGGAAUUGGAGAGAAGAACCAAGUUGAGGAGAGUCAGUCAGGUGGAAACAAGAGAAAAAGUCAAAGGCAAAAGAGUCACUAGUAUGUAUGAAAUGAGCCUCUUUGUGAGAGCUAGAUGAAAUUCUGGAAGUGCAUCAGAUGAUUCAUCUAGGAUCAUGCCAUUGAAGAACACUUUAUGGUAGGACACCCCAUGAAAGCUGCUACAACACACAACAAUCUGGAGGUAUCGUUAAAUGGAUUAGGCACUUCAUAUCGAUGUCAGGCACCACUCGGCUUGCUGAAUGGGAAGUUUUAUCUGUGAUGUCAGAAGUGUUUAUGUAAUUUGUAUGAGCUUCAAUAAUCAAAUCAGGGACACCAUGCACUCUAUGAGCCAUCCCCCUAGAAAUAAAAGCCUGAACUUGAACUGGAAGGCAUGCCAUUCAGAUACAAAACUUGGGGUGGGCUGGAGGACUGAGUUAUAGCUAAACAGGACUGGUCACUAAAUCAGGAGAUUGAACUACAACCCCUCCAUUGGUCCUUGAGGUAAACAAGAAACUAAGGAACUGUCAUAAGUUUGGUUUCAUUCCCCAUACACCCCUCUUUCUGUCAGCCAUUUACCAUCCCGAGGGGGCCAUUCCUCUUGGCAGCCAUAUUGAGACAGGUCAUGCUGCCUGUUUCUGCCACCCCAUAUAAAGGCCAUGUGAGAGCAAACUGCACGUGGGACUAGAGACCCAUCAACAUAAUAAGACAGAGAGCCUCCUGGUAGUCUAUUAGGUUGUAUUACCGAUACCAAAACUCAUUGUAUUUGUUGUACUAUUUUGAGGAAUAUUAUUUAUAAUUUAUGAAUAAAUGGGUGACUUUC